AUGUUAUCAAUAAUUCAACGUAUGAAAGUUCAACUUAUUGAAUUACGUCCAACAAUAAAUGAUGAACCUGAUCAAAAACUUAAAAAAAUUGAUGAUGAUUUAACAACAAAUUAUGAAUUAUUUGAACAAUCAUUAAAGAAUUAUAAACGUCUAUAUGGAAAUAUAUCGGAUGAUUUAGAUAAAAUGAUUACACCUAUUAUUCAAGAUAUGACUGAAGUAAAAGCACGUUUUAAUGAAAAACUAUCAGAAUUAAAUGAUUAUAAUACAAUACGUGAUCAAUAUGAAAAUCUUAUUGGAAAAUACAUUAAAAAUAAUUGA